AGCACCCCGAAUUUUCGAGGACUCGUAUUAUGUCUUUGUAGUCUCAUAUUUAGUCAAGGUCAUUUUUGUUAUCAGUUCUAGAAUGUACAAGAUAAGACUUUUCAGUAGCGUCGUAAGUCGUUACUCGGCACUUUGCGUAAGAAAGCAAACGACCUUAAAAAUAUAUUUGCAUUUAAAAAGGAAUCUCUCAUCAUCCACUAUGUCGUUAGAUAUGAAGAUACAAGGACAAACUAGCGAGAUGGAUUCAAAAUGGACAUUAAUCGGAAUUUCAGGUUGUACCAACGGUGGCAAAACAACUUUGGCAUCAGCAUUAGCAAAUCAUUUUCCUGGAUCCAUAGUUGUGAACCAAGAUAAAUUUUUUCGAAGUGAUGACAGCAAAGAACAUAUUAUCAUUCCAGAAUUAAAUCAUAAAAAUUGGGAACGACUUGAAGCUGUAGAUUGGGACGCUAUGAUGGCCGAUUUGGAAAAAACUAUUCAUUCAAAGCCUCCUAAUAAGAAUUCGUUACUAAUUGUGGAAGGGCACAUCAUUUUUAAUCAUCCGAAACUGAGAAAUAUAUUUGACAAAAGAUAUUUUUUAACACUAGAUAGAGAAGAAUGUAUCAGACGAAGAAUUCAGCGAGUUUACGAUCCUCCUGAUAUACCCGGUUACUUUGAUAUGUGUGUUUGGCCUAUGUAUUUGCUUAAUCUUCAAGAUGUACAAGAAAAUUGUUCAGGUGUUAAAUACUUUGAUGGUAAUAGCAGAAAGGAGGAAAUAUUAGAAUGUGUUUUAAGUGAUAUUCAAUCUAUAAUGUCUGAAAAGUAGGAUAUUUGUAAUUAACAAUUAAUCGAAAUAGCAUUCCUGUAGAAAUUAAAAUCUGUGAAAUAAUUAUAUAUUUAAAAAAUUUUUUUGUACCUAAUGUCGUUAUUUCUUUUUGGAAAUGUAUGUGAACAAAAAAUUUCAAA